AUGACGAGUGGGAUGAAGCUCGUUCUCCCAAUGGUGGUGCUCAAUAUGGGUGGAGAGAUGGUCAAUAUUCUCCAUCAGCGGUUGAACGCGCAGAACGUGGUCGAAGACAAGAGAACCGCGGUGCUUCGCGACGUUAUCGGCACCAUGUAUGCUCACCAGUUCGUGGAAGAGCUUUUCAAGCCGCAGGACAUGUACAGCGAAAAGGCUACGAAAGAGGUCUUCUACAAGCUUGCACACUCUUCCAUAAUGCGGCUAAACGAAUCCAGCAUGAGCAAGCUCUUCGACCUCGUCACCAUGGGCGUCAAGUACCAGGCUUUGUCCUGUGCCCAGCCUCAGCAGUUGCUGCAGGUGACGCUCAACCACUUGGAGACUAUAAAAGAAAUGGUGCCUCCCCUCGCUUCCCGAGUCGACGCAGUUAUCGAGACGACGAUCGCAGCAUACCGGCACCUGGACACUUUUGGUUGGAUGCAGCUCAGGCAACGCUUGCUGGAGUUCUUUCAAGGCCGGCGCGUCAAGAUAUCUCUCUUUCUGCAGCACGGAGUGCAGCUGCCAAACGGAACUUUGGUCCUCGAUCCGACGGGAAAACUACCUGUCGGGGCGGAAACCCCAGGGAUGAUUCGAUACCUUGGGUCGGGAGACGCGGACGAGGCCGUGGUGUUGCUUCCGAUGGCCGCCGCUGAUACCGUCCACGGAUCUCUGACCACCUACGUUGACUUCGACAGCCCGAUGGGCACCAACUUCUAUGAGCCGAGCCCGAACGGUGCUCUGGAUCCCGGUGCUGUUGGCAUGAAAACGCCAGCCACGAAGGCGGCAGCGGCGGCGGUGGCAGAGGCAGCAAGGAGAAAAAUUGGCAGAACUACGUCUGAUGACAAACGUGAGAGCAAGGAAGGAGAGGGCGCCAGCACCGCAACGGCCGGCCUUAACCUUCUGGCGGCCCUACUGGGGGCACAAGCAAAGGACGAAGGUGGCGACGACGACCGGGGGGGGGGAGGGGGAGGCGCCAAACGGCGGGGUGGGCAGAGAGAUUCGUUCAAGAUCAAUCUGUUUCCCGAAGAUCCGUUCGACGCGGCUCAGGCAAAGGGGGGCGAUGAUGGCGAUUUGGAGGGGCAAACCGUCACCAUCGACCUCGCCUCGAGCCACACGGGGUGCGCCAAGAUGCUCCGGGAACUCGACCUGUCCGACGACAUCGACGACAGCAACGGCAGUGGGAGGAAAGGGGUAGACACAACAAGGAGGGCUGGUGGCGGGGUCAACGGCACAGCGGGAGCGAAGGGUGGGGAUGGUGAAGACUGCGGGAGACCAGGCGACGACGAUGGCUUGGACGAUCUGCUGGAUUUGAUGGAUUCAACGGCCGAGUCGAAGUGACCGGAAUGAGCCGAGGCUUAUGUUUUGUUUCGUCGCGCGAACUUUGAUCCAGAAGAGGGGGGCAGCGGGGUGAAGUAGUGUUGUGGGGUGAAAACUUCCCCUGUUUCGUGUUUUGUCUCGCCUCGUGGACCUGUGCGACAACGCAGCGCAACCCGAUCUAUAUUUUCUAUUCACAACUGUCAGCGCUGUGUCUCUUAGUGUUUCUCUGACGCCGCGACGAGUUACAAAGGUUAUAGUUGUGGCGUGUCGCGACCGUUGUUGUUUUGCGGAUGGUAGUUUGAAUGUUGUUCGGCCAAAGAAACUACGAGGUGUUGCAGAGGCGUGUCCAUGGGCCAAACCUCCAAGUAGGGAUCUCAUUCUGUGGCAAAACCACAACUACGCGAGGGCUAAAGAACCCAUACCGCGGCCAUGCUUUCCACUCACACCUCUGCGUACGAGCCAAUCGCGGCCUGACGAGAAGAAUCAGGAUGGGCAGGAAAUGCAUGUUUGUCGAACACACAAAAGAGGAAGUAUGGGAGAAAAAAAAAUACAAACAUUUUUCUGAGGCGUUUUUCGUUGUUUUUAUCAUCCGUAUCGCCACGACCUGAAUCAACCUGCGCAGCAAGAAUAUCGCCAAAGUCAAGGCGUGAAUACGACGACACAUUCGUCGAACAAUGUACCAACAACCCGGGCCUGUGCAGCAGAAACACGGGUGCCUGCCAAGCAUAACCACUCCCGAAACCCUCUCUACUCCCUCCGUCCCCUCCCUCUCAUUGGUUUGAGCACGUUUCUGAUAAAAAGUGUGCAGCCCCUCUCUCCCGCGUCGUGGCCGAAGGUACGUGGCGCGUUCGUAGCAGCACAGGAGAAAACGAAGACAACAAGAGUUAUUCAUGGCCAUGAGACGCGCC